UCUCGGUCCGCCCGCAGCAGUCUUCUUCCCGGCGAGCUUUUCACUACAGAGAUGGCUGCGAAAGUGUGCAGAUCGGUCCUCCUGUUGUCCCGGAGCAGCGGAGCGGCGGCCGGCAGCCUCCCCGCACUUGUUGUCUCGUCACAGCGGCGACAUCAGCACAUACGACCGCAGGAUCUACUGUCUGCUCCGCUCAGCCGUCAGAUCGUCAGGAGAGCACAUGGCCUACGAUCAGCACCCCACUCCACACUCUUCACCCAGCCUCCCACGGCCCUGUCUCCACAGGUUUGGAGGGGCGGCUCCUCAUGGCAUGGCCAGAGACUGUUGUGUUCCUCCACUGCUCCAGAAGAGGUGACGGUGGUGUAUCAGAACGGACUGCCGGUGAUCUCAGUCAGUUUGCCUUCCAGGCGAGAGCGCUGUCAGUUCACCCUCAAACCUCUCAGUGACUGUGUGGGAGUUUUCCUGCAACAGCUCCAGGCAGAGGACCGAGGCAUCGACCGGGUAGCCAUCUACUCCAUAGAUGGAGCGAGGGUCGCCUCCUCCACGGGAAUAGACAUCCUGCUGCUGGACGAUUUUAAACUCGUCAUCAAUGACACCACACACCUCGUGCGGCCACCGAGGAGAGAGCUGCUGCCCCACGAGGAGGGAGAAAGGCUGAAUGACGUCAAGUUCUUGGUGCAGCAGCUCUACACCACCCUGCGCAUCGAGGACCACCAACUUAGCAAAGAGCGCGAGCUGAUUGGACGACUGGAGGACCUCAACUCACAAAUCCGCCCCCUAGAACAGGUGAGGGUAGAGUUGGGUAAGAGGGCAGAGCGGCGUACCACCUGGGUGCUGUGGGGAGGCAUGGCGUACAUGGCCACCCAGUUUGGCAUCCUGGCCCGGCUCACCUGGUGGGAAUACUCCUGGGAUAUCAUGGAGCCCGUCACCUACUUCAUCACUUAUGGUACAGCCAUGGCCAUGUACGCCUACUUUGUGCUUACACGUCAGGAGUAUGUUUACCCCGACGCUAGAGACAGACAGUAUCUGCUGUUCUUCCACAAGGGGGUGAAGAGGACACGCUUCGACGUUGAGAAGUACAACAAGCUGAAGGAAGAUAUUGCUGAGGUUGAGUUGGAUCUGAAGCGUCUUCGGGACCCCCUCCAGCUCCAGCUCCCAGUCCCGCAGCUCACCGCCAGUAAAAAUUGAUAGAGCGACCUAUCUCAGCUCCUACAAGCCCCUCCCCCUCCUGCCGUCCAACACCCUUCUCCCUCUCCUUUCACCCUCAGCUAUUUCUCAGUCUCGUCCCCCUCCCUUCUAACUCCCAUCCCUCCCACACCCAAUAAUCCCAUCCCUUUCUCGACUGUGGGAGUUCGUUUUUUCUCUCUUUUUUUUGUUUCUUUAUUUUUGAUUUAUCUUUUUGCUUUCCUAACUGAAAACUCCAGUUGGAAUCGCAAGUAAAGGAAAAAAAACGCUAAAUGACAAAGAAGGAUGAUUAGAAUACAAGGAAGUGAGGUCUCGUACAGGCGAAGGUUGUCGAGGAUAACGAGAAGGACGACGACGAUGAUGAUAAUGGAAUAAAACUGGCCAAAUGCCUCAAGUCUCCAGAGGGACAGCCUGUAAGGAACUCAAGGGGGAUAUCGGGAAUUAUCACACCUCUAGACACUCCAGGACAGAGGACAUGCAGAGGGGCAUUGUUGAGUGUUUGUGUGUGUGUGUGCGUGUGUGGAGAGGAGGGCGGACUUUCAGGGUACACUGGGACACCGACCCUGGCCACGCUGCGGAUCGACACAGCCCCCCGCUUCCUUGAGCAGUCAAACUGUCAACACGCACACAUCUACUCACUGUCGGGGCAGGCUCCUGGGAGACUCUCUGUCCCACAUGUUAAAGUUUACACAAACGUCCUUACUGCAGUCGCACCAUCAGGGAGACCAUCAUCUCCCUGUAGCUGAACUGCUGCCUCUCCCUCCCUGGGCCGAGCCUCCUCCAGGUGACGGACAGCUGUCCUUCCACGUGUGACCUUUGUCAGGAGCUUGUCUCGACCCGGCAGGAUGUAGGCCCGGCCACGCCUCGUUUCCUCUUCCUGUUGACGUCCUGUAGCGGGCCCCGUCUGCGCAAGUAUGAGAAGUUCUACCGACAACAACAUCACUGUGUGUUCUUUUAUUCCGAAAAAAAUAUUUUGGCACUUUUUAUUUUGAAAGCCAUAGUAUAUUUGUUAUGAGAAGAAUAUAAAUAUAUAUAUGUAUACAAUCAAAUAAACAAAUGACCAGAGGCUAGUUUCUUUCAGUGGGGGGAGGAGCUCUCUUAAGCACGUCAUUUUAUGUGAAAACUUGUUUGCAUCUCCUGUCAUGAAGAAACAUCUUGCUACGUCACGUACGCACACUGAAGAAGAACAUUAUAAUGUAUGCUGUUUCAUAUCCUUUUCUGACAAACACAUCAUAUAUUUGACAGUAGCAGGCUCCUGUGCAUGGCCGCCAAUAGGGGGCGAACAAUAUCGAAGCCAAAUCAGGGUGAAAAUGGCUUUGAUUGGAACUGCAAUCCCAUCCCUGACCUCACCUGCAGUGAUUUCACGACUAUAGACGGGAGGAAAAUUAAAGAGAAAAACAAUAUUAAGUGUCUUCGUAAGGUGUAUGGCAACUGUGCAUUGCCAUUAUUUCAGAAGACGUGGAGAUGUGGUGACCACGAAGGCCACUGCACAUGAUUUUCUUACUAACACAUAUGGGCGGGGGCAUCGUUGUCCUUUUUCUCCACUAGUUUUUCAGUCAAUUCCUUUAAUUUGUCACCCGUCUGUAGCUGCUGCCAUAAGGAGGUUAAAAUAAUGACAUUAUUGCUUCAGACAAACCUACAGGCAUGCUAUGGUUUAAUAGGUCUGAAGAACUGAAUGGCUUUAAAAGCAAAGAGAAUCUGCAGUCUACAGGAGGAGCGGAAUUCGCCUGCAGUUCAAUAUCUUCAUUUCAGAUGAAAUAACAAAAGGCUACAUCUAUAACAAAAAGCGACAUUGCAUUGAUUUUAUAGAGGGGUUCUUUUUUUGUCAAUCCUAAAAUAAAGCCAGAGCUUUCUCCUCCCACUGUUGCUGUAAUGCCCCCCUGCUCCCUUGAUGGCAAGGCAGGGUAGACUGCAUGCUGUGGUAUGCCCUCAGUAGAAAUUUGUGAAUGUGUAGGAGCAUUAUUGCAAUUUUGUACUUAAUUGGACACUUUUCUUUGCCACAUCUAGUUGAAGUGUCACCCCCCCACGUUGAUCAGUUAAAUCAAAGCAUAUAUUUGUGGUGUCCAUUCUUUGGGGGGGGUUGUCGGCUUCACUCAGUGUUCUGUUCAGGGUAAGGAUUGGUGGCCCUCGCUCCGCUCCCCAUUUGCCCUCCAAAAAAUAAUAUGGUGUCAAAGCCAGUUAUGCAGCUGUAGAUCACCUCUGCAAAGGGGAAGCACGACAACGUGAUGCCCCCCCCCUGCACACAGACGCAAGAUCGUGUGCAUGCGCGUGUGUGUGUUUGUGUGUUUGUGUGUGCGAGUAGUUGGCUGAGUCCUGCUGAGGAGAUCCUUGUGUUUACCUCUGGAUUUAUUUUAGUAAUAAAAUGCAUGGUUUGGGGUCAAAUCAGAAGUUAUGCCACGGCAGGAUUUGGUCCGAUCAUUUACUGUGUGUAUGUGUGUUAUCUCCAAGGGAAACUGUGCCUUUUGGAUGAUUAAUGGUUUAAAGGUUCAGUGGGUAGAAUUCAGUGAGAUCUAGUGGUGAAGUUGCAUGUUGCUGCUGAAUUUCUUUCACAUCACAUUCUACUUCCAAACACGACAGAGAACCUGUGGCAGCCAUCACUCCAAACUCAAAGCGUGUUUGAAAAAUGGCGGCCUCGAUGGAGAGAAGAUCCCAAUGUAAAUCCAAAAGGCCCAUUCUUGGGUAACGAAAACAACAAUUCGUACAUUUUUUAAAGUGAAAACAUCACUGGGAUAAUUUUAUAUUUCAUUUCUGUCUAUAGAUCCCUUUAGUCUUACACACUGGACCUUUUAAGUGGUGUCGACGAUAUAGCAAAAUACAGCUACAGUAAGAAAGUUAUCUCUUAUUUGAAAAGACACCAUCAUAAAAAGGAGGGUUAAAUCUGAAUGUUAGGAACCGGAAAUCAAUCUUGCUUUGUGUGUGUGUGUGUGUGCCUGUGCGUACAUGUAUAUAGGAUCCAGGUUGACCAAUGGUGAGGGGCAAAAUUCAGAUUCCCACAUUAAUGAAUACUUUGCCCCUAAUCCCUGCCCAUCCCACUUCAUAGCCAUCAUUAGCUCAAAAUUCACUUUACACACACACACACACAUACACACAGGCUAACUUGCACACACGACAGCGGCAGUGUUUCCGUGGAGACGUACUGUGUCGGGUGAGAGAGUUGAGGCCUCUCUCUGGAGUCCAAUCCUCCCCUCUGCUGUUUCCACACCACACUUCUCUCCAUCACCACCACCUUCUCCUUUUUCCUUUUCAUUAUGCAAUCCACCGUUAUUUUCCUUUUGUUGUUCUCUUCACUUUUAUUUUUUUUUAAACAAAAUAUAUCAAAUAUAGGGAAACUUUAUUAUAAAGAGGGUGUUGCAUGAAUGUAUGUUUACAAGGGAAACUAUGUAAAAAUUAAAAAGAUGAUUUAUCCAAAAAAUGAACAAAAAAACAAGCUGCAAAGAUAAUUUAAGAACGUUGUUUGUAGAGAUUCCUAGUUAUAAAGGGCAGUGGACAGGGUGGCGUCUUUAGAAGCUGCCCUGCCGAAUCUGAAUUAAUCCCAGCCAACCAACUGCUCCAACCUCAUCCAACCCCAGUCCCAUCUUCACCUUAUUUACUCCUGUGAACCCGCCAUCAGCGCACGUUUAAACUCCCCAGUAAGAUCAUUAUUCGUCCUUGUGGAGGAGCGAUGGUGAAAGCUUUACGUCCCCUUGACCCCCGUUACUAUCGUCCUGGAUCUGGGUCCAAAGGAAAAGUGUCAGGUGCACUCUCAUCUUAUCGGGGAACACCUCCUCUCCUGUCAUUUUCACCCGCCCUCAUCCUUUAUUUUUCUUCUCCAAAAAUCACAUUAUUACUGUUUUUAAUGUGUGUUAUGUUUUGAAUAUCUUGUUUGCGUGCACUUACAUUAAGACAUGUUUGAAAAUGCCUAAAGAGUGAAGCUGAAUAUAGGAUUGAAAUGAUCUUGUACUCCAUCCUGACCUCUUAUUUUAUUUUUGUUUCGCUCCGCCUUCUUUUUAGUUUUUCUUCUGUUGACAUAUGAUGCUGUAAUGUUGGCAAAAAAGAAAAAUGUAAAAUCCUGUAUCAUUUAUGAAAUAUGUAUAAAAGAGAAAUGUAAUUCAAUUAUCAAUAAAAUCCUUAUCCAGUUUUUGGAGACAGUG